CACAUCAUUGGGUGUUAUCCAUAUUGAAUUCGACCGAGCAUGAGGAUGAGAAGGGCGAUGAUAACUAAUGUUAUGUUCAUGGUGGUCGUCGUAACCAUGAAUGCUGCUGUUGAAGCCAGUCGCAAAGAUGUCGAUAAUGUCUUUCCGCUGAAGAAAAUAGUGAUAGUUAGAAACAGACUCAAGGCUCAGGUGAAGGUGCACUGUAAGUCAAAAGAUGAUGAUCUCGGAGUUAGGGUGUUGGGAUAUAAUGAGAGUUUUCAUUUUAAAUUUUGGACGGCGUUAUUUUUCAGAACCCUAUUUUAUUGUUCCUUUGAAUGGCCCGGUAGCAAUGGGAUUCAUUGGUCUGAUAUUUAUGAUGACACGAGGAAUCAUAACGACCCUAAAACUCUUGAAUGGCUUGUUAAACCCUUUGGAGUGUGCAUGUAUGAUAUAUAUAGUUUGCGAUAUGACAUAUGUGCUUCUUGGAAAAAGUAGAAUCUAUGGUAUUUUUUUCCUAAUUAAACAGAUUAGGUGAAGGGGAAAAUAAGAAGAAAAAUAAAUAAAGUAAGGGAGAAACGCAUUGUUUCAAAUCUUUUUUCGUCUUGUACUUGUGAAUAAUCUGUUCUGUAUUUUAGUUUCAAGGGGGUAUUGUGAUAAGCAAUUCUGUGCUACAACAGAAAUUGACCUUUUCAAUAGAUAAAAAUGGCCAAUAAAUGUCAAAUUUCUGUGUCGAGCUAUUUAUUGAUCGAAAUUUUCUGUUGCAUCUUUGAUCAUAUUUUUCGUUUCGGAUUCUCACAAACUUAGAACGUAACCAAUGAUAUUGGUCACGAAAAUUACUACAACCCAUAUUUUACGGUUAUUAAAUGUUCUAAACCUGACUAUGAAUUUGAUUAUCCAAAAAAAUCAAACACGUGACGCAAACAGUUGAGGUAGAACUGAUAGUGAUAGAUAUAAAGAAGGUCAUCGUGACUAAUCCUGCAACUCUGAUUCCUUCAAUAAGAUAAGUGGUUAAUUGCAUGGUUGGUCACUGAGAUUACAAAAAACAUUCACGUUUGGUCACUGAAAAUAUUUAAAUCCAAUCUUGGUCACUCAAAUUAUUUAAAUGGUUCAAAUUUGGUCACUCUUCGUCCAUUUCCGUUAACUCUAGCUUACGUGGCAGUCAACUUUCAUAGUUGACCGUUAAAUAUGUGACGUGGCAAUUAACAAAUUAUUAAAAAUAAAAAAAUCUUUUACAUUUUCCACCUCAUUAUUACAUUAAUUAAAAAACAAAAAAAAUAUAUUUUUUGUCCGCCCAUAGAAAGAAGAAAGAAAAAAUUUGUUUCAUCCCUUACGCCAGUCGUUUCGCCCAUUUCAAAAUCCCAAUGUCGAUCAAGCACUCGCCGAUUCCGGCGACAUUCAUUCUCCUCCUACUCGUACUAGGCCCUGUCGCCGCCGCCUCCCCCUUCCGGCCACUAAUCCGAAUCCCUAGCGACUGCAGGGCGCAAUACCACAACCGCCGUCGCGGCGACCAGCUCUACUACAACAGCUGGAGGCUGUCAGUGGAAGCCAACAACUGCGUCGCGUGGACCGAACCGCCGAAUUUGUGCGCCGACUACGUCGUGAAGUACUUCGAGGGGGAGCAGUACAGCUCGGACCUGGAGGUGUACGCUUCCGAGGCGGCGGCGUACCCCCGCACCGUGCCGGCCACAGGCGAUGGGAAGGACGCUUGGGUCCAGGUGCGUAGCCAGGAUUUUGUCGAGGGUGGGUCCAUUUAUAAAAAAUACAUACGAUAAAAUAAUUUUGUUAGCUUUCUAAAUCGUUCAUGAUAUAAUUUUGUAUUUUCAAAAACUUGGUAAAUUAAAUUAUAUGUCAAAACUAUCAAGAAUAUCAGCAUAUACGUAUCAAACAAUUAUUUAUAAUUUAGUUAGACAUUUGCUUUUGAAUCGUGUUCUUCAUCAAGACCGUUUAGUAUCAUUAACUCGAGUUGUUAGUAAAGAUUUAAUAAUGAAUCUAAUACUAUUUAGUAUUUACUAACACUUUCAUGCUUACUACAACCAACUUAUGCAUGCUUAAAGUUUACGUAAAUCCGAAUGUCAUGUGUUUAACAAAUGGGGUUACAAAGAUUCAAACAAAUGAUAUCUCGCUCAACCAUUCUCAAUUAGAAGUGCCCUAAAUUUCAUUCUCAAUUAACUAUUAUACUAAUUUACUCAUUUUCGUCCUUAGGAAACACCUGUUACAAUCUCCCUACCCCUGAUUGUAAUAAAAUUAUUUUUACAAAUAAAUUAUGAUUUGGUGGAAAUUUGUUGUAAAUAUUGAAUACAUACAUCUUCAAUUUUGGUCGAAUCAUAUACAUCAUUAUCAUUUGUACAUAGCUCAUUAUAAAUACAUUGAAUAUGUCAACGCUCGUUAUAAAUCAUACAUCAAAUAUUUCAAAGGUCUACCAAUUUCAUUUAAAUACGUAUUAUUUUUCAUACCCGAUUAACUAUUGUACCUAAUUGACCAUUUUCUAACCCGAGCCAGGGACCCACCCUCUAACUCUCUCCCUCCACCCCUGCUUGGGUCAUUGACGUCGACGAGACCCUGCUCUCCAAUCAGCCUUACUACGACAUCCACGGUUAUUGUUGAGAGUCUCGUUGAGGUACAAAUAGCUUGCAAUCAGGAGAUCGUCGAGCGUGGCUUGCUCCAGCUGCGAGCCGAUCUUCUUCUCCAAAGCGGCAAUGGCGCCAAAAUCUGGUCAUCCAAUCAAAAAAUCCCAUUAGUAAUUAGUUAAUUACAAUAAAAAAACAUAUUGAUG